GAUAAAAAAAAAGUCAAAACGUAGACAAUUCCCAGAGAGAGUCGAAACAGUCGAACGCAUCCCAAGUCCCAACUCUCCCUCUGUGGAAGGAAGAGAAAGAAGAAGCUCUGUGGAAGCAAAAGAAGAAGAUGGAGAAAUCAUCAGCAUCAGCAUCUGAAGACAAGAUUGAAACUCAAAAUGGACCAAUUCCGCAACAAUCCAAGGCUUCCAGUGACGGUUGCAUUUGUGGGUACGACUCGCUUCACCAACUCCUUAAAGCAAAUCUCGAACCCCAUCUCUUUCAGGAAGUUAAUCGCUUACUUUUGGGGCUGAAUUGUGGAAGGGGCCUUGAAACCAUUGCUCUCCCUGAAUCUGCUAAAUCUUUAUCUUCACAGCAUAAUUUUGAUCUUCAGGCAUUCCAUUUUCAUGCUGACAAGGAGUUGCUGAGAGAACCUCGAAUAGUUAGAGUUGGUCUUAUUCAAAACUCUAUAGCUCUUCAAACUACGGCCCCCUUUCUGGACCAAAAGAGGGCUAUCUUUGAGAAGUUAAAGCCAAUCAUUGAUGCUGCAGGUGCCUCAGGAGUCAACAUAUUAUGCUUGCAGGAAGCAUGGACAAUGCCAUUUGCCUUCUGUACAAGGGAGAAGAGAUGGUGUGAGUUUGCAGAGCCUGUUCAGGGGGAGUCGACUAAAUUUCUUCAAGAGCUUGCUCAGAAAUAUAACAUGGUUAUUAUAAGUCCAAUUCUUGAGAGGGAUGUUAAUCAUGGAGAGACCCUCUGGAACACUGCUGUCAUAAUUGGAAAUCAUGGCAACAUAAUCGGCAAGCAUCGGAAGAACCACAUACCAAGAGUUGGGGACUUCAAUGAGAGUACAUAUUACAUGGAAGGAAAUACAGGGCAUCCUGUAUUUGAGACAACUUAUGGAAAGAUCGCUGUUAACAUAUGUUAUGGGAGGCACCACCCUUUGAAUUGGUUAGCUUUUGGCUUGAAUGGAGCAGAGAUUGUUUUCAACCCAUCUGCCACUGUUGGUGAACUAAGCGAACCAAUGUGGCCCAUUGAGGCCCGUAAUGCUGCAAUAGCAAACAGUUACUUUGUUGGGUCAAUCAACCGUGUCGGGACAGAGAUAUUCCCAAAUCCGUUCACUUCAGGUGAUGGGAAGCCACAACAUGCUGAUUUUGGGCAUUUUUAUGGAUCCAGUCAUUUUUCAGCUCCAGAUGCUUCAUGUACACCAUCUCUUUCCCGCCAUAGGGAUGGGUUGUUGAUCUCAGACAUGGAUCUUAACCUUUGUAGACAACUGAAAGACAAGUGGGGAUUUCGGAUGACUGCGAGGUACGAGUUAUAUGCAGACCUGCUUGCCAAUUACUUGAAACCAGACUUUGAACCCCAAAUCAUUUCUGAUCCUUUGUUACAUAAGAAGUCUUCCUAAAUGCUAGUCAAACUACUAUCUGAAAAGAUGUUAAAAAAUAAAAUUGUGGAACAAUUCUUUGAUGAUCAUUUGCAAAUAUGUGUUGUGUCUUUGUUUUUUGUAAAUGUUAAAUCAUUCAGUCAAUGGAUAUUAGAAAAUGGUAAAGGAAGCUUGAAUACACUUUUUCAAGGAUGAUGAGACUGAUACCCAGCAGUUUCCUUUUUGUGAAUUGUCAUGUAUUUGAUUAAAUGUGCUCAUAAUACAGCAAUUGUCAUAUAUUCUAUAUAAUUCAUCUACUUAUUCUUAAUA